AUGGCGUUCAACUUAUUGAAGAAAAAGAAGAAGCAAGAUUUUACAGUGAAAGUACUUAUGGUAGUGGAUUUAGUUGGGUUUGAUGGGAAGGAGGUAGUACUGAGGUGGCGUCGUGGGAAGAAAGAAGGUAACAAAGGGAAGUUUUCACCCUUUCGAAUAACUGGUGCGCGUACGGAAGUCACAAAUGUGACACUUAAUUUACAUUGCACUCUCUUUGAAAAAUCGAAAGCGGGUUUCUAUGAAGAGAAAUUGGUUGAGUUUAUAUUGGAAACGAAAGAGAAGAAAAGGAUAUGUGCGGGUAUAAUUGAUUUAGCGCAAUUCGCUGACUUGGCUGGGAAGACUGAAGAGACUCUAACGGAGCUCCGAACGAAGCAGAAAGUGAUGAAAGGGAAAUUAAUGAUAUCGAUAUCAAGUGUGCCUGGCGAGUUCACUGGUGAGUCCGAGAACACCGAAGUGUUAAUGUUGAGUAGUGAAGAUACAUCACUUGGCAACGUCGACCCCAUCCAUGGGAGACUUAUAAUGAAGAUGCGAGAGAAAGAGCGUGAGGAUCAUGAAGAAGAGGAGCUCCGCAAGAAACAAAUUCGAGAUAGAGAUGAGGCGAUGAAGGCUGAGCGACUUCCUGAAGUUAUCAACAAGUCUGAGGAAGACAUGAAAGAAGAAGAGAACGUUGAAGAACAAGAGGAAGAGCAUGAAGUAGUGAAAGAAGAAAAAGAAGAGGCGCCCCCUGAGCCACCGAAGAUCAGAGAUAUUGAUGAUGCCAAACAAGCAUUUUCAGAGGGGAGUGUUACCAUAGAAGGAAUGAUUCUGAUGUUAAUGAAAUAUCAAGAGGAAGAUGCUAUUGAGUAUGUUAUAGGCAAAUGGGUUGAAGAAGUCACAAAAGAAAUUACUCCGGUGAUUGAGUCUUGUCUGUUCAGUGAGAGGAAUGUGUUCCAACAAUACACAAAUGAUAUUGAAGAAAGUAAAGCAUUGACCGUCUUACAAUUGGUGAAGAAAGAUAAGACGAUGUUGGAGAAUAAAGGAAUUAAAGAGGAAAUAGUCAAGAAAGCAAUCAAACAAGAAUUCCACUUUUUGGGGUUCUAUGUUGUGGAUAACUUAUUCAACACCCCCGAUGCUAUCUGCUGUGUUAAAGGAUUCCAAUUCAAAUUUUUCAUGUCAUACAUCGAUUUGGAUUUGACAAAGAAGGACUUGAAGGAUCUGAAAGCCCUCUGCGGACACUUUGAGGUCAUCACUGAUGUGGCAAACUUGUUUAUGUUACACCACUCAAUCAAACUCAGUGAACUCGAAAACACAUUCCCUUUACUUUCUAUCAACAUCAUCUACCAAUUGCUCAGAAACUUUAAGGUGGACGAAAUGGAUAACGUGCCUAUCGACCAAAAAUUACUCGAGGAUAUCCAGAACAAAUGUACAAACGAUCCACUGACUACUCGAUUCACAUCUGUUGCUUAA